GGAUGAGGAAGCAAACGUCCUUGUACCGAAGGACAAGGAGGAGCAGCCGCAGGAGGGAGUCGUCGCCUGCCGCCCCGUCGCGUGAGGAGGAGGAGGAGGAGCAGGUGCCCCAGGAGGACGCCGAGGAGGCGCAGGAGGACGCGCAGGAGGAGGCGCAGGAGGACGCGCAGGAGGAGGCGCAGGAGGACGCGCUGGAGGAGGCGACAGCAGGGGGUUCCGCUUCCUCUAGUUCGUCCAGCGUCUACUUGCGAGGUCCCGCGAGCCUCCCUCAGCGACCGAUACCUCGUGAGAGACGCCCGCUGAUUCGACCCGAGGGGGAAAAGAACUGGACGAUUGUGGCGAGUGGAGGUGCUCACACACGCCAAGUCAAUGGCAUCCUCGGUCUUCUGUGCAAGGAGCACUUCCCUGGCCUGGUUGAGUACGCCGGAGUGACGGGGCCGGCCUACUCGUUUGACCACUACGCCGCUGCCCCCGAUGCUGCAGAUCGGGCCCGCAGGGUAUUCAACAACAAGGCGGAGCGGGUGAAGCAAGAGCUGUGGGAUUUCUUUAGAUGCCAGGACGGACAUGAGGCCAGGGCGGAUGCGGUGGCUACCAAAUGCUGCAAAAAACUCAUCGUGGACAUGCAUUACGAGGCGCGCAUCCAGGCCGUCGUAACUUACCACGGGACCGUCGUUGGAACGAAGGUCACCAAAAGGGACGCAAGAACCAUGACGCUGACCCGGGACCAGUACCUGCAGGUAAAUACAGAACAUUAAUACUGAUUCCUUUUGAGAUUAA